AGCUUCAUCCGCCGUACCGUUAAGAUGUUUCGUAUUUUAAAAUGUAGUCAAUACUUAUCAGUGCGACAGUUUACACGCAGCAAACAUACAGGGAAGGUGAUCGCCUUGCGGCGUGAGGAUCAAUCGGUAUGGGAACGUCGGGCCUCUUUUCCGCCGGCGAUGGUCAAGAAGCUCAUCAAACAGGGCGUAAAGGUGAUCGUGCAACCUUCCAACCGUCGAGCCUAUCCGAUGCAGGCUUACCUCAAUGCCGGUGCGACGGUACAGGAAGAUAUUAGCGAAGCUUCAGUGAUCUUCGGUGUCAAGCAGGUGCCGGUCGAUGCGCUGAUCCCUCAGAAAACCUACUGCUUCUUCUCGCACACGAUCAAGGCCCAGGAAUCGAACAUGCCUCUGCUGGAUGCCUGUCUCGAGAAGAACAUUCGGUUGAUCGAUUACGAGAAGCUAAUGGAUCGGAAUGGCCAACGAUUGGUAGCGUUUGGCAAGUAUGCCGGUGUUGCUGGAAUGAUCAAUAUCCUGCAUGGACUCGGGCUGCGGUUGCUGGCCCUUGGUCAUCACACUCCAUUCAUGCACGUGGGCCCGGCUCACAACUAUCGUAACUCGUCGAUGGCACGGCAAGCGGUGCGUGACUGUGGCUACGAGAUUUCGCUCGGCAUGAUGCCAAAAUCGAUCGGUCCCCUGACGUUCAUCUUCACUGGUUCGGGCAACGUGUCGCAGGGUGCGCAGGAGGUGUUCCAGGAGCUGCCGAUUGAGUUCGUACCACCGGAAAUGCUGCGCAAGGUGGCAGAGCACGGUUCCACCAACAAGCUCUACGGUUGCGAGGUCAGCCGCUCCGAUCAUCUGGAGCGCCGCGAAGGUGGUGGCUUCGAUCCGGUCGAGUACGAUCAGUAUCCGGAGCGAUACAUUUCGACCUUUAGCAAAAACAUUGCACCGUACGCUUCGGUCAUUGUGAACGGUAUCUAUUGGGCAGUCGGUGCACCGAAGCUGAUCACAAUUCCGGACGCGAAGAACUUGCUGCGUCCGGCCAACACACCCUGGCUGCCGACGAGCCGUGGUUCACCGGCGCUACCCCACCGGAUGCUGGCCAUCUGUGACAUCUCGGCCGAUCCGGGCGGUUCGAUCGAGUUCAUGAACGAGUGUACAACGAUCGACACUCCGUUCUGUCUGUACGAUGCCGAUCGGAAUAAGGACCAAAAAAGCUUCAAAGGACCGGGCGUGCUGGUCUGUUCGAUCGACAACAUGCCAACGCAGCUGCCCCGCGAAUCGACCGACUUCUUCGGCGAGCUGCUGUACCCGUACGCCUUGGAUAUUCUGCAGAGCGAUGCGGCACGACCGCUCGAGGAUCAUAGCUUCUGCCAGCCGGUGGAGGGUGCGAUCAUCUGCAGCAACGGUCGGCUUACUCCGUCCUUCGAGUACAUCAACGAGCUGCGCGAAUCGAACAGCCGGUCACGCCACAAGACCGAAGGAUCGAGCAUCGGCAAGAAGCGUGUGCUGGUGCUGGGGGCAGGAUUCGUUUCUGCACCGCUCGUGGAAUACCUGCACCGUGAGUCGAGCGUCAACAUUAAGGUGGCUUCCCAGUACAAGGAGGAAGCGGAUCGAUUGGCCCAACGCUAUCAGGGCGUGGAGUCGGUGUACGUGAACGUUCAGGACGAAUCGGCAAAUCUGCAGAACCUUUGCGAGCAGAGUGAUGUGGUGAUUUCUCUGUUGCCCUACUCUCUGCACGGUCUCAUUGCCAAGCAUUGCAUCGCGGGGCGUACGCACCUGGUGACGGCAAGCUACGUGAACGAUGAGAUCAGUGCUCUGCAUGAUGCUGCCCGUGAUGCGGGUGUAACGAUCAUGAAUGAGGUCGGUUUGGAUCCCGGUAUCGAUCAUCUGCUGGCGUUGGAGUGCAUUCAGGAUGUGCAGGAGAAUGGUGGAGUGGUCGAGUCAUUCGUCAGCUUCUGCGGUGGCCUCCCGGCACCGGAACACUCGGACAAUCCGUUGCGUUACAAGUUCUCUUGGUCGCCCCGCGGUGUCCUGCUCAACACACUGUCAGCCGCCAAGUAUUUAAGCAAGGGCCAGGUGGUGGAAAUUUCGGGCGGUGGUGAUCUUAUGUCCGCCCCGAGGGAGCUUGACUUUUUGCCUGGAUUUGCGCUGGAGGGUUUCCCGAACCGAGACUCCACCAAGUACAAAUCGCUGUACGGGUUGGCCAACAUCAACACGCUGCUCCGCGGUACCAUCCGGUAUAAGGGCUUCUCGGAUACGAUCCGACCGAUGCAGUUACUGGGAUUGAUUGAUCCUAACCCUCACCCGCUGUUGCACCCGCACGGACCAGAGCUAACGUGGCGGCAGCUGAUCGUGAAUCUGUUGGGAUUAGCCGAUUGCGACAUCUUCAUCGAGAACCUCAAGUACCGUCUGGCGGAGCGCGUCGGUCCAAUCGAUGGCCUCGAGGAGCUUGGUUUGUUGGAGAACGUCCCGGUGGAGAAGAUGGGUUCGCCUCUUGAUACACUCAGUCACUUUCUCUCGAAGAGACUUGCCUUCGGUGAUAACGAGCGCGAUCUGAUCGUGCUGCGCCAUGAUGUUGGGAUUCGCUGGAGUGAUGGAAGGCGCGAAGAACGGGGCAUCAACUUCGUGGUGUACGGUCAACCGGCGGCACAAGGUGGACAUUCGGCGAUGGCUAAAACGGUCGGAUUCCCGGCGGCAAUUGCUGCUAAGAUGAUCAUUGAUGGUGAAAUCCAACAGCGUGGCGUUGUACUUCCGUUCACGGCCGACAUCUACCGGCCCAUGUUGGCCCGUUUGGAACAGGAAGGUCUUACGGCAACGACGACAACGAAGGCACUCUAGAGCGGAAUUGCAGUGCGGGUCAACGUUACCUGACAGAGACAAAUCUGGUCACAAAGUGCCCCCCCCCCCCCCCCCCAUUCUACCACAUUCUCAAACCGAUCGUCAAUGUGAAGGACAUGCGUUUAACUUUAUGUUUGCUGUUUUUGUUUAAUUUGAAGAAACAUAAUGCAUAAAAUAAAAUAUAAGUUAAGAAAAAA